GGAAGGUUUCUACGUCAUUUUCGACAGAGCACAGAAGCGGGUCGGUUUUUUGCGGUCAGCAGCUGUGCAGAUGUGAAUGGCGUAAAGGUCUCGGAGAUCGCCGGUCCAUUCAGCACCGCGGACAUGUCCAGUAACUGCAUCUCCAGCAACCCGUUCCGAGAGCCCGUCAUGUGGAUGAUAUCGUACGCGCUCAUGACUUUUUGCGGCAUUAUCCUGCUGGUGCUGGUGGUCUUGCUGCUUAUUCCCCAAAGACGGGACAAUCUCCCCGAGGCG